AAAAGAGCCACACACCCACUCAAUUCAAAUUCGGACAGCUCAAUAUGCCCAUUAAUGUACGGGAAUGGAAAGAAAGGCCGCUGAGCGCAUCGUCAGGGAAUGGAUUCCUCUGACGGCCACAGAACAAAGAGCGUGGACUCUCUCCAGGAAGGAAGUAGUGAGCAGGGAAUAAUAUAGGAACCCUCCUUUUGCUCCUUUCUAACAACGCUUUCGGUCGUCCAAAGGUCCAUGGCCUUUGAAUUAUCCCAUCCACUUUAUUCCAAUUCCUUUCUUCCAAUAACCAUCCAUCACCCUCCUCCUCCUCCUCUGCUUGAUAUUACUAGAAAUAUAGGUUGGGGUUAUUUCUGCCUCUGUUUCUUGUUUGGUCUUGGAUAUUUGUUGAGAGGGAAAGAGUGUGCUUUUUUUCGUGUGCUUGUGUUGAGAGAGAGAGAGAAUGGGCGAAGAAGAUGAAAGAUUUGAGGAGGUGGGCACUCCUCUUUCAAUAAUAGCAGAGGCGUUUGAGGAGCUGGCCAGGUCCCUGGCUUUGAGGCCUGGGGAAGACCUGCGAUUGGCCCCUUUCUCGAAUGCAUGCUCCCUGGUGUCUGUCCUCUUUGGCCGCCUUGGCAUUGCAUUCAAGUUCGCCGAGAUUGACUAUGUCGCUAAGGUAAAUAAUCUGAUUGAGGCGUCAAAGAUUUACAAUACAUUGCAGACAAUACUUGAUAGGGAUAUCAAACAGAACUCUGUAAGCAAGGCAGGAAGCCUUUCACGUAAUUUGCGUAGAGUUAGGCAGGGGCUUGACCUCAUCAAAGCUAUAUUUGAGCAAUUUCUUUUAACCAAAGGAUCCUCUUUGAAGGAACCGGCAUCGACAGCUUACACACAAGUUUGUGCUCCAUAUCACAGCUGGGCCAUCCGGAAAGCGGUUAGUGCAGGAAUGUAUGCUCUUCCGACAAGGGAACAACUAUUGAAUAAGCUGAAUGAAACUGUUUCCAAGAGGGAGACACAUUUUUCAUGCAGUUCAACAGAAGGGACGAAUCAGUAACAAAUUCUGGACAUCAUUGGUGGCAACACUAGUAAGGCAGCCAACCCAUGCUAAAGAGCAUCAAUUGAUACCACAAAUAACACCACGUUAGAAGAAGCACCAUCGACACAUUGUUUCCAUCAACCCAACAAUAGAAGAGACCAUGAGAUGUCUGUACAUUUGUGCAUCUGUAAUUAUCGUUCAUACACCUGAGGCAAGCCCUUGAAAUUCAAAAUGCCAUAUCAAGCUGCAACAAUGUAAUAGAUUGAUGUUACUCUGUCUCUGCAUCCCUAUAAAGCACACACAAAUGAAAAGGUAUUCUUAGCAUCAAUACUUGCAAAAACUUCUCUUCUAGACCACUCAAGCUGUAAAUAAACACCCACUAGUUUAUUGGACAUUUUUUUGAGAAUGAGUUUUCUGUUUGAUUCAUGUAUAAAAAUAAACUGGGGUUUACUAAACCAAUUUGUGUUGUUGUUUGACAUAUUAUGCAGCUUUAAGACCAAUAUUCAGCCACCCAUCACUGCCUUCAUGUCACCAAGGUUCCCCUAAAAGGAACUCCUCGUGUCACUUGCACGUUUGUUUGUAGUCAUGAUGAAUAUACCCAAAAGUGGUGCUCCAAAGAUUCCUCGCUACCAUUUUCUUAAUAUAAAGAGUGUGUGCGUGUGUGCAUAUGUGGACUGCUUUGAUGCUUCCACUGAACCUAACACAAUCCUUAAACUCCAUAACUAUUGCUUUGAUGUUUGCCCUUGCUCCACAGCCUGCUCCAUUGCCUAGCAAAUUUUGGAGAUUUAAUAGCCUUCCUGAAUUUGCUUUACUGGACCACAUUCCUCUUCAUUGUCUCCUCCUCAAUUGUCAACAUACUAUUCGCACAAAUAUUAUAGAGGUGAGAACCUUCAUUUACCAAUCUGAUGUCCUUGAUUUCUGACACCCAAAUCGAACUUGGUCUUACAAACCUCCUUUUAGUUGCCAAAAUUAAUCGCUUGAUGGGCAUCCGGUAGAUGGACAUGUAUUUAAGGGGAAUUGAAGAGUCCUCCAGUCCUUAUGGGAUUAUGUAACGUGAGAACAAUCAUGGCCAUCUUCCUUUGUUGAACAAAUAUUAAGAUACAUAUAUAGUUGAAGCUUAAGGUGACUUGAGACCAGUAAAAGAGACCAAAAGGGUUAAUAUAGUCUACCACCAUGGAAGAUUAUUCAUGUGAACAAAACAUGCAACUAAUAUAUUAUAUAUUAUUUAGAAGUAUGAGCUAGUUAUGCAAAAUAGCCAUUACUUGGUGUUAAGUUGAAUAUGAAUGUUUGAACUUUUGACCUAUCAAAGAGCGCCAAGAGGGAUGGUAGAUUCUACCACUAAAGGAAUUAUGAUCCCACAGUUCAGUUUACCUGUGAACCCUCAGAUAUGAUGCAAAGGAUUUUGGAUCACAUAUAACUUAGGAUCUUGAAGGUUUGAGUUCCUAAAGUUUAAAAAUCGCAUGGAGUGUGGUUCCCCUCCUUGGAGCCCAAGAGCGAGCUUUUGGAGCAAGACGGCCCUUGAUUAGGAGAUCAUGACUAUAAACUGUGGAACAAAAGUAGCACCACUUACCAUUGCCAAUCUCCAUGCUUCCACAAACAUAAGGAGUCUACCUGUUUCCUCCAUUUGCAUACAACGCUUCCUUUCUAGUUCCUAUUACAAUUUUCUUCUGCAAUACCUCCCAAUCAUUCAUCAUUGAGUAGUCUAAUUUGAUGCUCUUAAAGAUGGUGCAUCAGCAAGCUUGUGAUGUACCAUAUUGAACAUUCAAUCAUGGAAGUUGUUGUAAACCAUUUGUAGUACCCACUUUGCAUGAUAUAAAGAUAGAUUAUUUAGAGAAACUAAAAUGGUCAAAAUAUCUCACAAGAGCGACUCAUUUCUCUUGGAUGCACAUAACUGCACAAAACUGACUGCAUUCAGGUGCUAGAUGAUUUGUUGGUGUCUAAAGAACUGCAGAGUUCUUUCUCUCUCUAUUUUUUUUCCGUUUUUUUUUUCUUCUUGUAAACCAAAUUGAUGCAGCACUUAAAUCUAUCAUAACUGUAUCAUCUUUUAUACUGAAUUACCAUUGGUUUUAAGUUUUAAAUGAUUAGGAGAUUUGACUAAGUCAUACAUUGGACUCUUUUACUGUUAUAUUAGAGUUUGGCUAGAGGAAUCUCCCUGACUUUAAUGUUGAAGGGAGCUCACUAUCUAAAUAACCAUAGUUUUUUGUCUCCUCCCAUAUGCAGCAUUUGAUCCAUCAAAAUUCUGAUUAUCAGCUUUUUAUACUGAGUAACAAUUUUUUCCAACUUUUGGGUUUUGAUUGGAACUCGUGCUAAUUGCUGUGGAUGGAUCUCUUUAACUGUCCUAUUGG